UCCAUUUGCCGUAACCAUAAGAUGCCUCGCUCGCGGUCGCUGGUCAAAUCUUUGACCGAGUAGAGUUGGUUUUCCUUCAACUCUUAUUCUGCAUUCCAUCAUCUUCCAAAAACCAAAGAUGGACUGGCAAGGGCAAAAGAUAACAGAGCAGCUAAUGCAGCUAAUAAUUGUUGCAUUUGCUGUGAUUGCAUUUGCAACAGGAUAUCUUAUGGCUUCUUUCCAAAUGAUGAUCCUCAUAUAUGCUGGUGGUGUGGUUCUCACCACAUUGGUGACUGUCCCUAAUUGGCCCUUCUUCAACCACCAUCCUCUCAAGUGGUUGGAUCCAAGUGAGUUAGAGAAGCAUCCAAAGCCUCAACCAUCUCCGAAUGUAAGCUCAAAGAAGAAGUCGGUUAAGAAGUAGGCUUCUUUGACAUAUCUUAGUGCUAGUAUUUUCUUGAGUUAAAAAAUUUCAUGCUUUGGCAGAAUUUUGUAUAUCUUACUCUUCUUCCCUCCCUUUCCCCUUCAUUGGAUAUUACAAUGUACUUUACUUCUUUGGACUGCAAAGGUUAUAUCUGUUCGCUUUGAGUUUUGAUUUUUUUACAUCCAUUUUUUUUUA